GCGGAGAGAGCGAAGAGGGGAGAGCGAAGAGAGAGAGUGAGAGUGAAUAGGGGAGACAAGGGAGAGUGAAGAGGGGACAGAAUGGAAGUGGGGGGGGGCACAAGGAGAGAGAAGUGAAGAGGAUAACGUGGAUCUGAGCGAGUAGAAUAGACGGAAUAUUGAGUAGAGUGUCGAGAGAGAGAGAGACGGGACCAGAGGAGACGUGCGAGGAGGGAGAGAUAGAGAGAGAGGAGGAGGAGAGUUUGGGGCCUUGGAGAGUGACAUCUCGACGAGGAAAGGUGGUGGACGAGAGGGGAGAGGAGGAGGUUGCUAGCGAGGGCAGAUGAUGAUGAUGAUGAGUGGAGCCGAGUGAGGGUUUCAGUGAUUAGAGAGAGGGCAGAGUGGGUCGCCGAGUGGAGGAGAGUUUUGCGAGUGAAGAGCGAGGUAGGAGUAGGAGGAGGAGGCCAGGCAGGCAAGGAAGAAGACGACGAAGAAGACGAGGAGGAGGAAGAGGACAAGGAGAGGAGGAGGAGGAGGAGUAGAGACGAGGUUUGGGGUCCAUGGCCUGGAGGAGCGGGGCCGCGGUGCGGGGCCUGUGGCGCCGCGGUCUGUGCGGGGCCCCCCCCGAGCCGCGGCCGCAGGGCGAGGUGAAGCCACCAGGUGUAGCUAAAGAAAAAUUGCUUCCAGCCUCAGAUGUUCUGACCGAUGGUUUUGGGAGACACCACACGUACCUGCGGAUCUCCAUCACCGAGAAGUGCAACCUCCGCUGCCAGUACUGUAUGCCAGAGGAGGGUGUGCGGCUCACCAGCCGGCCCCAGCUUCUCACCUCCGAAGAGAUCAUCUCGCUCGCGCGUCUCUUCGUCGACGCAGGUGUCAACAAGAUACGCCUGACGGGCGGAGAGCCACUCAUCCGGCCUGACGCAGUGCCACUCAUGGGGGAGCUGUCUAAGCUGACGGGGCUCGACACGCUUGCACUGACCACCAAUGGGGUAAAUCUGCCUCGGCUGCUGCCGUCCCUGAAGCUCACACGCCUCAACUUGCUCAACGUGAGCCUCGACACACUCGUGCCUGCCAAGUUCGAGUUCAUUGCUCGCAGGAAAGGGUGGAAUAAAGUCAUGGAGGGAAUACACAAGGCCAUUGAUUUGGGAUACAGUCCUGUAAAAGUGAAUUGUGUAGUCAUGCGGGGGCUGAAUGAGGAUGAGUUGGUGGAUUUUGUGGCACUGACGGAGAAGAUGCCCUUGGAUGUGCGAUUCAUCGAGUACAUGCCUUUUGAUGGCAACAAAUGGAACUUUAAGAAGAUGGUUAGCUACCAGGAAAUGCUGGAUACAAUAAAACAAACUUAUCCUACACUUGCAAAGCUCUCCAAUCAACCCAAUGACACUUCCAAGGCAUACAAAGUCCCUGGGUAUCAGGGUCAGCUUGGCUUCAUUACAUCGAUGUCUGAGCACUUCUGCGGCUCCUGCAACAGGCUCCGAAUCACUGCAGAUGGGAAUCUCAAGGUUUGCCUGUUUGGCAAUGCGGAGGUGUCUUUGAGAGAUGCGUUGCGAUCAGGUGCUUCCGAGGAAGAAAUGAAGUCAUUAGUUGCUCUCGCUGUGGGAAGGAAAAAGAAGCAGCAUGCGGGGAUGUUCAAUAUUGCACAGAUGAAGAACAGGCCCAUGAUCCUCAUUGCUGGAACAUCGACGAGUGUCAAGGAAUCUAAUGGGAUAAAGUGUUUUCCGAAACAUCUCAAAGCUCUGAAAAAUCAAGGGCAGAGAGAAGGCUUCACUGUUAAUCCAAUAAAUGGUCAACUUGCCUUAUCAGGAAUUAAUUAUAAUUAUGUUUGUCACUGUGAUCCCGCAAAAAUGUUUACAAAUAAUUGCAAUGCUAUCACCAUGAACAGACAUGGUUUUAACCAACAGCCACAAACCAGUGAUUUUUUUUCCAAAAGCACUUUUUCUACAAAACUGCUAUCAGUCAGUUAUGACACAAACAAACGCACUACUAAGUUCGGCCUUAAUGAAGCUCACUUUAAGCCAGGGAUGUGGCCACAUGGGACUUUACAGCUGCGGUUUGCAUGUAGCGACACUACUGGUAGAGAUGGCCCCUGUGGUGCGAGCAAUGCCGGUGUCAGUGAGCCGUCGGAGCUCUUACGACAAGAGCAGUCGGCAACGGACACCCCCCAGGACGCACCACGAUCCGCAGACAACGUACGCCCGCAGCUCACUCACACCGACGCAGCAGGCCGAGCAAAGAUGGUUGAUGUAACGCACAAGCCGGAGACCCAACGCACGGCCAUCGCUCAGGCACGGGUCUCACUGGGAGACGUAGCCUUCGAGCUGGUGCGACAGAACAGGCUGAAGAAGGGCGACGCGCUGACUGUGGCCCAGCUGGCCGGGAUUAUGGCUGCCAAGCGCACUGGCGAGAUCAUUCCGCUGUGCCACGUCUUACCGCUGAGCUCGGUGGACGUUCGUUUGGAGCUUGACGCCGAAAGUCACGCGGUGAUUGUCACGGCGCAGUGCCGCACGGUGGGGCAGACGGGCGUGGAGAUGGAGGCACUGGUGGCGGUCAGUGUGGCAGCCCUCACCGUUUAUGACAUGUGCAAGGCAGUGACGCAUGACAUUGUCAUCGGCGAGAUCAAGCUGCUCUCGAAGACUGGUGGCCAGCGAGGCGAUUUCAAUCGUGCGGAAUAGCCACUGCAGCUGUGCAUAGCUCUUGUCACGUCUGCACGAUGUUUCACAUCUCACAUAUACAUUGCCUUUUUCAAUCCUCUGCUCAAUGUGGGUCUGCCCAUGCUGGUCAGUGUGAGUUGAAGAUGCAUAGCAUAAAUGUGGAAGCACAGUAGUACAGUACAACAGUGAAGUUUUCCAUGCACCCACCCAAACAAUAUCCAGCCUCAACCUUCCUGAGCUCUAAAAUAUGAUCUGAAGCAUUUUGAAAGAUUUGUUCACAUGUUUAAGGAGAGUAAUAACAAACCAGUGGUAAUGUUUGAAGUUACAGGAUAUGCCUAUAGAGCAAGCAUACACUAUGGGAACCUCAUUUGCCAGUAAAAAUAUGACAAUUGGUUUUUUACCCUUCUAUCUGGCAACAAAACUGACACCUUUUUACAAGGAGUCAUGUUUGCAUAGACCGCAAUACCUGCAGUCAUAAUACAAACAAAAGACAUAACUCUAAUGUGCACUGUCCUUGAAGUUGAUUGGUCCACACCCGAGACAGCUGCACAUUAUCAGAGUUAUGUCUUUUGUUUGUAUUAUGACUGCAGGUAUUGCGGUCUAUGCAAACAUGACUCCUUGUAAAAAGGUGUCAGUUUUGUUGCCAGAUAGAAGGGUAAAAAACCAAUUAUCAGCAAGCAUACAUUUUUAUUCAAAUCGUGCACGUUAAUUUAUGCAUUUAAUAUAAUACUAAAUGAAGAUUCUACAAUAUUUUUUAAUAUAACAUUGAAUAAUACUGACUUUAAAAUAAAAUAUUAAUUGUCAGCAAUGACACAAGCGAAUUAAUUCUACGAUAACCUGAAGACUUGUCCAAGAUAAUUGGCGACCUUUACUGAUAUUGAAAAUCGCAUAUUGGGUUAUUCGACCAUACUUACUAUUACACAUGUACAAUCAAGUUAUAAGAUCAUAAACGUUAUAUGCAUCCAUAGCAUUACCAUUGUAAAAUUUAGCUAUAAUGUGAGCAAACGCCUAUAAGUAUUAGCUAUUAUACUCUACAGAAUUAUAGCAUGAAUGAGUUUGAACAUUGUUGAAUGUAAGUGACAUCAUUGGAGAGCUGCUAAUCCAACAUCCCGUCUCUGGAUAAAGCAACUUCAGUGUUUCUGAAAACACAUUGAAAGGUCAAGCUUCGACGUAGUUCAGAUCCCUUGUUAGUUUUAAAAACCCGCCUUUUGUGCAGUAACAGUUUUGGAAAAUAACGUGGGCAUGUCACAUUGUGCCUUAAGUCAUUUCACAGUUUGCUUUAACAGUGGAGAUAAUUUGAUUGACAGUUGAUUAUACAGUACAUUUAAUUUGCAAUCACUACAACGUUGUGCAAAGUAUUACAAAUUAAAAAAAAUUUAAUUUCAAAUACAAUUUUCUCACGUCAGGUUGUAUCGUGUCAAACUUUACACUUGACAUUAAAAAUAGUGGAUCAGCUUGGUAAGCUAAAGUGAAAUGCUUGCACUGGAAUUUCUGAUUUUAUCUCCUAUGCAGGAGGGAUUUAAACGUCUGAGUUUUGAUUGUGUUCAGUGACCAUUAAUACAAAUGCCAUGUGCGCAAUGCCCUAUGCUUCACUGAGUUGCAACACCAUGGCUCAAGGGAAAGUGGAAACUAAUAAGCUGCCCUGUAGAGGACGGUAUGUGCCAUUAACUUAGGGUCCAGAAAUGAGCAUCUAUGGGAAAAAAAAGAUGGAAUUUUUAUCACAGACUGCAUACAUAUUGAACCAAAAUUUUGUCAUGUAACUAGAAUUAUAGUACCGUGCAUGUAGUUGCUUAAGCAGGCAGUUUGAAGUCCUAAUUCUUGGUUGCCAAUCUUUGUGAUGUGGUACGUGAAAUACAAUUCUACGUGCGAGAAUUGUUUAUGCACAAGAUCAAAGUGAUUAGGAUAUUUUACAACUUGACAGGAAUAACAUUGCCUCUUACACACACUACUCAUCGUGUAACCACCGAAUGUGGAAUUUAUAAAAUACUUGAGCAUUCAUUCAUAUUUUGCAUGAAAUCACAGUAUUGUAUUAAGUACUUGAUAUAGUUAAAUUGUUGGUUCUAUUUUGUGAAAGGAAUACAUAAUUAAAAUGAAACUUUUGCUACAUGUUGACUUAUUUAGUUGAUAAGAAUAUCUCCAGAUUCAAAUGUAUCUGCUGAUGUGUAAAUGGAAUGUAUAAGGUUGGUGCAUGAGCACAUGCUGAUUGACAAUUUAGCACUUGUUUUAGUUUAAGAGAAAUAGCUUUUUCAUUCUGUUUUCAAUAAAAAACUAUACGCUCUUAAUAUUUGUACAAGUUGGCAGAUAUGUUUUGUGUUUCCCAUGAAAACAUAAAAUUGAUUUCUUUAAUGGUGAUUAAAACAAUUGUAUGGCAUAAACUGAUUUUUAACAAUAAAAAAUGUCUGCUUA